AUGAAGACGAACACGACCCUGCCCGGUUCGAGCAGGGGCCCCCACGACCUGCUCGGGCCCAACAUUGGCCGUGGUAUUGAAGUGAUGCAUUCGCCUGUCGGCCGUGGCUCGCACGAACGACAUGACAUGACCAUGACAUUACAGCUCCUCGCCGACCGGGUCUCGACACGGGGGACGAUGCAUAGAAAUGGCCGGGCAGGCAUGUCUUGGAACGACAACCAUCGCUCGCCGCAGCUCGGGGGCGGGUGCCUGCUCCAAAGCCAAGGCCGGGCGGCACCUCCUUCAUGGCGAUACGAUGCGGACACGGAUCACGAUAUCGGUUGGGGCUUUAUGGUUUUGCUUGGAGACGAUGAAAUGACGGCGCGCAGUCCUCGCAACCAGCGGCGCUCCUCGCACGAUCUCGACGCUGUUGUGGUGUUGAGGGACGAAGGAAGCCCCGGGAGGGGGUUCAAGAUGAGAGGGCGGCGAGGCAGCGGCAGGAAGAAGCAUCUCGAGGCCUGCCGCUGGCGACUUUCAACAGAUCCAAAUGGCCUAUACGACCGCCGUGCUCCUUUGGCUCCUUGUCAGCAUGUGCCCCAUCCGUCCUCGCACUCCUUCUACCCCUACUCCCGAGAGCGACAUGGCACCGGACUUGUCGGUAGCUGGUUGCCAAGGCGCAGGAUGGGGCUCUCAUCACGGGCACGAGAUGACCAGCGACGUCGGCAAUCAUCACCUUGUACAUGA